CUUUUUGUUUGGAGUUCUUUUUUUGCGUCUCUCUCUUCUGCAGCCGUUGUAAAAGAAUCUUGACACAAGGGUGGUGGCAGCUCUUUUUUGGUCAUGUCUCGACGAAGCCAACGCAUUAGUGGGACUUACCGCAAUUAUCAAAGUGAGGAUAAUGGCAACAAUAGGAUCAGUGGAGGAAGUUCUCUGUUAAGUGGACCUCAGCCUCUCUUUAUAGAGAAUUCAAACAGCCGAACUCUGAGAAGGAAACCAAGCAGCGUGAAACGUAUCUCUCCUGCACCUAGCCUAGGGAUCAGUUCUACUCCCCACACUACCUCCUACUACAGUGAGUCUGUAAUUAGUGAGUCUUAUCUGACUGAUGACAAAGGAUUUUCUCUUAAAACUAGUGCGGCCUUUGAUGAGCCAUUGGAAAGCAGUUCUUAUUGGAGUGAGGAUCUUUCAUUGAGAAGGAGAAGAGGUACGGGAGGCAUCGAGUCCAGUAAGAAAAUCAAUGGAUUAGGAGAUAGGAAGACAUACGACAUCUAUGGUUCUUCAUCUGGUUAUUCCUCUGAGGAUGACUAUGCAGGUGGUUCUUCCAUGGACCAGAAUACAUCCAGUUUGGGGUUCAAGAGUGUCUUUUCCAAAGUAGGCUCCAUUCUUUGGCUGGUGCUUACAGCCCCAGGACGGUUCUUUGGCUUGUUAUACUGGUGGAUUGGGACCAUGUGGUAUCGUCUAACAACCACAGCCUCUCUCCUGGAUGUCUUCAUUUUAACACGGAGCUAUCCAGUGUUGAAGAAGAUACUGUUGUUUAUGCUUCUGCUUUUGCUCCUGAGCUCUGUUGGUUAUGGUGCCUGGUAUUUUUAUCCCUUUGGGCUCCAACCUCCUAUGUUUCCUUGGGGAACAGUGAAAUUAUUUCCUUCUGGCACAAAGAAGGACCAUGAAAUGGGAGAGACUGCUAUAUUUUCUGAGGCCCAGCAACAGAUUUUGUCUCAGCUCCAGGCUCUGGAAAGACGUUUUGAGACCCUGGAAACUGCAGCUUCUAUAGUAGAAUUCCAAAAAAGAAAGAACACAGAAGGUGCCACUCUGUCACAUGAGAAUACCCUGGUGCUUUUGAAUGAGAUGAUGACUCAGCAAGAGUCAGCCAUGAGAGAGAAGCUUCACUCAGACAUAGAUCUUCAUCUCCAGCAGGUGGAGACCCGGAUGCUUGAGAAGACAGCUCAGUGGGAAAGCUCCACAAAAGAAGGCCUAAUGAAUACUUUGCGAAAGGAAAUGGAUAAGUCGAAGGAACAUCUAUCAAAUCUGAAAAAAGAACUUGUGACUUUGGGUUCUGAUCAGAAGGCCUUGUCAAGACAAGUGAAAUCUCUUCCAGGGCAGAUCAAGGAAAUGCGAGAAGAUAUGGAAAUUCAGUUUCCGACAUGGUUUAGCCAAUUCCUGUCCCGAUCUAGAGAGGAUAAAACUGGAAAACCUUUUGUCCAGCAUGAAGAAUUACAGGAGCAACUACGCACAUUGGAGCGCAAGAUCCUUGCCAAGAUCUUGAAGGACCAAGAAUUGUCUGUGCAGGAUGUUGGGGUCACCCUUCACAAAGAAGGAAUUACAGGAGUAACUGAAGAGGUAUGAGGAUGUUUUUCCCAGUGGGCCCAAGAUAUUCAUCAUUGAAUAUCUACUGAAUAAAGGGAUGUUGUUUAUACAAGAUAUUCUUGUAUAUGUGCAAAUCUAGAUUGUAAAACCUCUGUGAUUUACAUGUAUAUUUAUUGCACUGUUUUGUAUCUGAAUGGCUAGUGUCCAUAUCAGAGCACGCACAGUCCUAUCGUGUGCGACAACCCAGGAGCAGACACAGCCAACAGUGGUUUGUAACAAAUGGUGGCUUAUCUACAAUAU